GCCCACUCCAAGUUCAUUCCCAAUCAUCUUCCCCUGUAUCUCUUCGCAACUUUAUCUUGAACUUCGUUUUCAUGAUGUCUUCGACUGCACCUUCCAAACCCGUAUUCAACCCUGCGGAGUGGCUCUUUCCUGACGAAACCACGGUUCCUCCACGGCCGUGUCCCCAGCCUGAUUGGGCACCUCUUUUCCUUCCCAAUUCCAAGUCUCUGAAUCAAGCCAUCUCUGCAGUCUUAGCGGCGCGGAAGUUAAAACCUAGUGACAUCGCCCCCAUUCCUUGGCGCUUGAAACACAAAACGCGGAACUUCAGUAUUAAGAUGGGACGUUGUAUCAUUUGCCCGCAAAAUAACAUCUACUCCCCUUCCGAUCUCUCUGAGAAUAGACAUCUGAAUACCACUGAACAUCUUCAAUGUCUAGCUGACACGCUUCGUGUUGAUCAUGGCACUUUCACUCGAUUCAGGAAACCUUUCAUAUGUAACUUCUGUAGUACUGGUUUCAUGCGCCAACAGGCCCUUGAACGGCAUCAAUCACGAUGUACUGCUGCAAACGCAUCUGAUAUGUCCAUAGACUCACCAGUGGGGCAAGUCGCGUCCCCUAUGGAUGUUGACCACGACAUGAAUCUGCCUCACAACGGCCUCAGUUCUGGACGCUCUGAGACGGCUCUUCAACAAUUGGAACUCCGCAUGCGCGAAGAACGCGUCUCGCCUCCCGUCACCACCAAUUGGACACCUGGCUUCCUCGAGCAAGAGAUCAUUCGCUAUCUCGUAGCUGUCACUCAGAAGUCGGGGGAUGCUGACAUUGAUAUGAGAAGCCCCGUGUCACCGAUCUCACCGGCCAUUACUGCUCAACUGCAAGAGGCGUUUGAAAGGAUCUCAAUCUCUUCGCCUGGCGGUAUCAACGAUUCCGCUCUUUCACAAGAUGCAACUGCUCGUUUAGCUUUCUUCAGAGCUGCUGCUUCGCUCGUCUCCAGUUUGGACUGGACCCAUCUCGAAGGCGAGGAUCUCGCUGCUACUGUAGCUUUCUGGAUUCAAUGUCAACAAGAACUAGACAAGGCGGCUGCAGCGGAAUCUCUCAACGCCUAUGUGAAGGACCCACCUGAAAUCGACUGGACCAAGGUAGAAGGUGACAAGUUGAUUGCUUUCGUCGCGGAACUUUUCGCUGCCCGGGAGGGUAACGACGUGUCUCAUGUCUGAUACACUCUCGGCGACACUGAAAUUUAUGAACAGUAUCAUGGUGCUAUGUAUAUAUGCUCGUUUCAUGUUAUACUAUCUAUUGGUACGGCUUUCUUCACUUUCUUAUGUUAUGUAUUUCAUACUAGACCAUUUUGGGAAGAUAUGUCACAUAAAAGGCAAGUCUUUGUCCAAAUCCGAUACUAACAGCUUUCACCUGGUAACUUGUCAUACCCUUGUUCAUCCGUGAAUGGUAAGGUCUCAAGGACUAGAUAUAUCGACAUAAUAGUCGACAGUAAACUUCAAUGAGGGAUUGAAAGGAACAAGCCAACGACUCGAAUAUAG